AUGGCGGCGCACCUGAGCUCGGGGCGCGUCAACCUGACCGCGCUGCGCGAGGCCGGGCGCCGCGAGCUCCGCGAGUUCCUGGACAAGUGCGCGGGGUCCAAGGUGAGAGCGGGGCCGGGGGAGAGGACGGACGGACCGACGGACCCAUUCACCCCCUCACACCCCCCCCUGACGGGGCCCUUCGGGCUGAUCGCGCAGUACUCACUCCUGAAGGAACAUGAGGUGGAGAAGAUGUUCACGCUCAAGCCGGGCCGCCUGCCACCGGCGGACGUCAAGAACAUCAUCUUCUUCGUCAGGCCCAAGCUGGAGCUGAUGGACAUCAUCACUGACAACGUGCUCCGGGAAGACAGAGGCCGCUCUCCCCAGAGGGACUUUCACAUCCUCUUCGUGCCGCGCCGCAGCCUGCUCUGCGAGCAGUGGCUGAAGGAGCAGGGCGUGCUGGGGUCCUUCAUCCACCGGGAGCAGUACAGCCUGGACUUGAUCCCCUUCGACGGAGACCUCCUCUCCAUGGAGUCUGAGAGCGCGUUCAAGGAAUGUUACCUGGAGAGCGACCAGACGAGUCUGUACCACGCGGCCAAGGGGCUGAUGACGCUGCAGGCUCUCUACGGAACCAUCCCGCAGAUUUUUGGGAAGGGGGAGUGUGCCCGGCACGUGGCUAAUAUGAUGAUCAGGAUGAAGCGCGAGUUCCCUGGAAGCCAGAACUCGAUAUUUCCCGUCUUUGACACCCUCUUGUUGCUGGACCGCAACGUUGAUCUGCUGACGCCGUUGGCUACGCAGCUGACGUACGAGGGGCUGAUAGAUGAAAUCUAUGGAAUUCAGAACACUUAUGUGAAACUCCCUCCUGAGAAGUUUGCCCCGAAGAAGCAAGGUGAGGGUGGGAAAGAUCUCCCCACAGAACCCAAGAAGCUCCAGCUGAACUCUGCUGAAGAGCUGUAUGCUGAAAUCCGGGACAAGAACUUCAAUGCUGUGGGGUCGGUGCUGAGCAAGAAAGCCAAGAUCAUCUCAGCAGCCUUUGAGGAAAGACACCACGCGAAAACGGUUGGAGAGAUUAAGCAGUUUGUGUCACAGUUGCCACACAUGCAGGCAGCAAGAAGUUCUCUAGCAAACCACACCUCCAUUGCAGAACUCAUCAAAGACAUCACCACAUCUGAAGAUUUCUUUGAUAAUUUAACAGUGGAACAAGAGUUCAUGUCUGGCAUAGACACAGACAAGGUUAACAAUUAUAUUGAAGACUGCAUAGCUCAAAAACACCCGUUAAUCAAGAUCUUACGUCUCGUUUGCUUGCAAUCUGUGUGCAAUAGUGGACUGAAGCAGAAGGUUCUGGACCAUUACAAAAGAGAGAUUCUCCAGGUUGGUCUGUACCUUUUGGAUCAGUAAAUUUCUGAGAGAAUCCACAUGGAAGCCUCAGCUCUACACCACUUGCAUUCUAGAGAGACUCAUCUAUGGGUAGCGUUGACCUCCAGUGUGUACAGACAGAGCACCGAGGCUUCUCUUUGGGCUGAUAGCAAUGACUCAGGAG